AUGCAGUUUUUGCAGUUCUAUGGUAUACUAUUCCUUCUGACGCUCCUACCAGUCUCCAUUCUCGGUCACGGCUCCACCAUCGAGUCCAUCAUUGACAGCAUCAUGAAGGAUGCACCAGAAUACUUGGCUACAAAUGCUAAGAAAUUCCAAUUGGAAUCUGUUGGAAGUCUCGUUCGCUCCUGUCCUCUUUCAUUUUACGAGACUCUGUUCAAUGGGGACAUCACCUAUACCCUCAGCACUUGCAUCAAUGCAACCCACUUGGUAUUAACUCCUCCCACUUCAAUUGCAAAUAAAUUGGAAAUCGGGAAGGUAAAGCUGGUUAUUUCUGUGCAAGUGAAAAAAGCCAUCUAUCCUGAGGUUAAACUGGAGUUGUCGGCACCGGUCUUUGAUGAUGCAUAUGCCUAUGCAUGGUGGUCAUUUGGAUUGCCCGUACCAGCUGGACCAUUCAAAGGGACAAUAAUCAGUCAAGCCGAAACGAGGAUUGCAACUGCAGUAAGCGCCACCACCACCGCCGCCACACGCUUUCGAUCGCAGGGCUCCCGCGCCCCAUCAUGA